AUGGAUAUCGAUCAGGUUGGUAUUUUUCUUGCGAUAUUAUAGAUAAACUGGAGGUAAAUAUAAUUUUUCUAGGUACAUGAUUUGAUGGAAGAUAUUGCUGAACAACAAGAAGUUGCAAAUGAAAUCCAGUCAAUACGGGCAUCGAUGAAGACGAUUUGAUGAGAGAAUUGGAAGAAUUGGAGCAAGAAGAACUCGAUAAACAACUUCUUGAUGCAAAUCCUGCUCCAGUAUCUCUUCCUGAUGCUCCACGUGUUGCACUUCCAUCUGUUCCAUCUCGCCAAGCCAAAGUCGCUGCAACUGCUGACAAAGAUUUAGAAGACCUUGAAAGUUGGGCCAAUGCUCAAGAAAACGUGUUCAAAUAUGUGAGUAUCGAACUUCUAUCAUUCAUAUUUAUUAGUCAUCAAAAAAAAUUAUUAAAGAGUAGUGAAAAUCUUGGUCUGAGCAACAUGUGUAAUUUUGCAAUUAUUUUUGUGCCCAAAAAUUUGGCACAAAAUAGCAUUUCUCAAAUUGCGAUUCAAACAGAAAUACACCAGAAAAUUGAUAAAACUGAAUAAAUUAACACUCAAAUGUCCGACCAAAAAUUCGAAAACUUCGGGAGUUUUCUGAAAAAAAAGAUCAUGUGCCAUGACAGGGUUCUGCCACCAAAAACUCACAUUGUCGCCAUAUCGAAAACCAAUUUUAGCCAAUGUAUAAAAACUCAUAAUUAUUGAUAAAAUCAGCGAGUUCAUGAUCAAAUUUUUCGAAUUUUUUUCACGGUAAAAUUUUCUAUAUACCAAAAAAUUCAAAAACAGGCCAAAAAAUGGGGAAUUCGGUAGGAUUACUACAUUUACACGUAAAAUUAGCUUUCGAUAAAAAGUUGGAAUAACACAUUUGUCAUCAAAAUAAUACAUGUCAGAAAUGAAAUAAAUUGUGCAAUUUUUCGAAAAUGUUCUCAUUGAUAGAAUACUUAAUUGGAUUAGCCAAAUUAACACAAAUAUUUUGAUUAAUUCAUAAUUAAAAUUGAAUUUUAAUUGCCACGUGGAAAAAACUCCAUAAAAUACAAUCAAAUAUCGAUUAUCUACAUUGAUCCACAAAAACCAUUCAAAGAUAUCAAAGAUCUUCUCGAUUUUUAUUCCAAAAACACUGGAAUCAAUAAAGGGGUCCGAAAUAAUCGUUUUCAAAAUAGAUUCAAUAAUUUGCAGAAUGUUCUUCGAUCAUAUGGAAUGGCUGUUAUUCGUCAACCACUUUAUCUAAUGUCUGAACUUUGUGAAUACGGUGCACUUCGUGAAUAUCUUCGAGAAAAUUCGAAAACAACAACUGACGCAGAAAGAGUUGAAUUUUGUCUCGGAUCAGCAAAAGGUGUCGAAUAUUUGCAUUCUCAAAGAUUGAUUCAUCGCGAUCUGGCAAUCAGAAAUGUUCUACUCACCGAAGAAAAGAUUCCAAAAAUUUCGGAUUUUGGUUUGGCAAAAGUGACAGAUCGAUAUGAAAUGAAAGAACAAUGCAAAACACCAGUUCGUUAUCUUGCUCCAGAAACACUUGAGAAUUAUAUCUUCACACCGAAAUCCGAUGUUUUCUCAUUUGGUAUGGUUAUUUGGGAGAUUUAUGAAAAUGGACAACAACCGCAUGAUGGAAAAAAUGCACAAACAAUUCGAGAUUUGACAAAAAAACAACAAUUUUUGAAAUUGAAUGAGAAAGCGCCAAAUGAAUUGCGAAAACUUGUCAGUGAUAAAAUAUUUGUGCCAGAUCCGGAGAAUCGAUGCAAUAUGAGUACUGUAGUUCAGACAAUUGAAAAUCUGGUCAAAUAG